GAUUAGCAUUAAGAAGCAGCCUUCCCGUGAAACAAUAUUAAUAAAGAAAGAAAAAGUUAUAAAUACAGUAGCAACAGCUCCACAAUUUUCAUUCAGCUCUUCAUCUCUUUUCAUUGUUUACUUGUUCUUAUACCAGUUGACUGUACUUGAAGUUGUCUUCUUAAUUCAGAAAACAUGAGUUCCUAUUCCCAGGGUAAUCCUCAAGCCUAUCCCUCAACACCAACCUCGUACCCUCUACAAGGGCAGGCGUACCCACCGACAUCAUAUGUUGCACCACCUCCUAUGGGCUACCCAACUGCUGACUCUUCUUCUUACUCCCAACAGGUACCAUCUGAUACUAAGAAUCGCGGCGACGGUUUUUGGAAAGGAUGUUGUGCUGCAUUGUGUUGUUGCUGCGUGCUUGACGCAUGCUUCUAAGGAGAGAAUUUAUGAAUGACUUUUGUCAGCAUUAUAGUGCAGCUUUACCACGGAGAAUUAUAGAAUUCUCAGGAGAUAUGAUAAGGGAGUUUUAGUCUUACAUUGUAUUAGUGGCUUAUUUGUGUAUGUAAUCUAAACUAGUUAGCAAUACAGUAACCAAUUUGCUCUGUUGAAUUAUUAGAAUUUUCAUAAGAUAUACCACUUUAGCUGUAAUCUUAUACA